AGACGCACUUAUUAUAAAUUGCAUAAAGAUUAGUAUCUUCUUAUCUUAUCUAAUUAAAUUAAAAAUUUAUCAAAGAAAACAUGAAAUGUAUAGUUGCUGGACCAAAUAUUAAGACGUUUGCUAAAAUAAUACAUUCAUUUUGCAAAAUUGGUGAGGAUAUUUACUUUGAAACAUAUGAAAAUGGUUUACAUUUAAAAACAAUAAAUUCAAGCAGGUCUGCAUAUUUUUGCAUAAGUUUGAUAUCUCCCUUUUUCCAAAAAUUCAACCCUUACUGUAAUGAAAAUACAACUAAUAAUGAUAAUGAUGACAAUAUUGUUACACCAACAUGCAAAUUAUGCAUUAAAUCAUUACUUUUAAUAUUUAAAUCACUGGCAAGUAUUGAAAAGCAACAAACUGAAUAUUUCAAAUUAAAGCUUAAUAAUAAUCGUUGCCAAGCAAUAUUUAAAUUAUUUUGUAAACAUGAUAUAGCUAAAACAUAUCAUCUAUCUUACAUUGAGUGUGAAAGUUUAGAAGCAAUUAUACCAAUUGAUCAGAACUCAGAUAUUGAAGAUGAUGAAUUUGACACCCAAAAUGAUAAUGCUAAAACAAAUUUGUUAAGUUCAGAAAUAUCUCAACCUUUCUUAUAUAUGGCAAAACUUAAAUGCUUACCUAAAUUAUUUUCAGAAUUAAUAAAUCAGUUUUCAAAUUCUGUUGAAGAAAUCACAUUUAUUAUCAAUUCGCAAAGUGUUAUGGUUAAAAAUUACGCAUUAGAAGAGUUAGAUGAGGAAAACUAUAAAGUAAAUAAAAAAUCGAGUGAUAUAUUUACAUCCCAAAUAUCUUGUAAUAAUUCUAUAAAAAAUUUCAAUCAUUCUAAAAGAGCUCUUGAUACUAGAAUACAGUUAUAUCCUAAAGAUUUUACAAAAUACAAACUAAAUGUUAACAUUUGUUCAAACAAUAAAAAUGUUGAAAUAACUUUCUGUGUGAAAGAAUUUAAGGCUGCAUUGCUAUUACUAGAAUUUAUGGAAAGUGAGAUAACUUUUAGAAUUGAAUGUGCUGGAAAGCCAUUAUUAUUACAUUCAAAAAUGGACCAAUACUAUGAGGCAAAUUUUUUGCUGGCAACAUUAGCUGAAAUGGUGGUUGAAAAAGAAGAUAUGCUAGAUGAUAGAUUUAUGCUAUCACAAUUAUCAGAUAUAGACAAAUGUUCAAAACAAGAAAACAACAAAAAUAUUAAAAUUCCAAAUAUUAGAAAAUCUACUAUAACAAAUAUUAAUAACAUAAAUUCUUUAUUUGAUCAAAAGUUAGAAAAUGAUAAUAUAUCUCAAGCCUUUAAUCUCUCAGAUGAAAACAUGCUAUUAGAUAUAGGAGUUAUUGAUUAUGAUAAUCAAUCCACCAAUGGGCAUAAACAAAAUUUGUCUAAUAAUAAAAUUACAUGCUCUGAAAUAACUGAUUUUGAUGAAAAUAAAAUGAUUGGGGAUAUCAGGGUUGAUAAAACUACCUUAAUGCGAAACACUGCAUUUUCUGAAAAUGUUAAAGUGCCCGGGCAUGGAAAAGAUAAAUGGUUUCAUAAUUUCUUACCAUCACAGGAGAGAAUCGAAUAUGAUAUAAAUGUUUUGUCUAGCCAAACCAAUUUAUCUUUAUUAAAUUCUUCUGAAAAUCAUAAUACCACAUCUCAUUCAAACAUCCAAGUAUCACAUUUGCUCAAUGAUAUAAAUGUUUUGAGAUUCAAUCUGCGUGAAAAGAUUGAUGAAUCGCGUGAUAUGGUACCUAUUCAUACAUCAAACAAAUGUUCCGCAUCCAAAAAUCAAGGCGUUCAAAAUAAUUCGUUCAUAAAAAAUCGCGGAUUAUUAAAUACUGUAUUAGCAUCUGAAAGUGAAGAAGAUUAAAUUAAACCAAAAUAGGCUUAAUACCCGGUUGUGAGACGUGAAUGCGCCAUUAACCAUAAAAAGGGAAUGGAAAGAAUCUUUGCAAAGCUUCUAUUCUACAUUCUUCGUGAUAUGAAUCAUGUGUUUAUUAUAUAAAUAUCGUGAAUUCAAUUUAACGUAAAAAAUAAAUAAAUAUUAUGUAUUUGAUAAGCUUUUCAGAAAAUUAAAUCCCAUCAUAUAUAUUUAAUAUUAUUUAUAAAAUUAUUUUUUAAUCACAUUUUUUUAACGGGCCAUUUUUUGUUGGGAAAUUAUAAAAA